GAAGGAAGGCGCGGACGGCGCGCGGAGGCGAGCGCGGAGGAGAGGAGCCGCCGGCGCCACAGCCGCCGUCAGGGCAUGAGGAUGGCCGUAGGCUCCGUCAAGAUGCAGCCCCCGUGCGAGAGCCCGGCCCUGGCCGCGGUGGCGGCCGUGGCGGCGGCGGACGGCGCCCUGCGCCGCAGCCCCAGCGCCCGGGAUCCCGAGCGCGAGACGCCCGCGGCGUCGCUGCGGCCGCGCCUGAAGGACCUGCCGGCGUUGCUGCGGAGCGGGCUCACGCUGCGGAGGAAGCGGAGCGCCGCCGGGGGCCGGACUCUAUCGAGGAGGAUUUCCAAUCCAUACCUUGAACAUGCUCCUUCACAGAUUUAUGGGGAGAAUUCAUCGUGUGCAGGAAGAGCGUUGAGGAAUAUUAUUAUCGUUCAGGCAGCUGACCUGGUAAAGGACAGAGUGAACCUCAAGGGGUUUUACAGGAGAAGCUGUGUGGGGUCGGAGCUCGUGGACUGGCUUCUGGAACACUGUCCUUUUGUCCAGUGCAGAUCUAUGGCCAUUGGUGUCUGGCAGCUCCUGCUGGACAUGGGAAUUAUGUCAUCAGUGGACCAGCAUCUGUACUUUCAAGAUACUUAUGUUUUCUACCAAUUUUCAUCGGAUGAAUGCAGCUACUUGUACUGUGAAUUUGAAAGGGAAGAAGAAUGGCAAAAUGGUGUCAAGCUCUUGCUGCAACUUGUGCCUCUAAUUCCAGCAAGGGCAGGCAUCUGUGACCUGUCUCAUCAGAAAAUUGAAGACCCCGAAGAAAGCAGUGAUGAAAUUCUUGCUCGGUUAACAUCUGCGGUUCAAAGAGAACUAGCAGCUGUUAUUGCUUUGAAAGCAAGGAAGUCUGCAGUUGAACAGGAUGAAGAAAGUAGUGGCAGGGACGUUGCUGUGGCUAAAGCGGAAAGUGUUCCAGAUUCUCAGGCCGGAGUGAUGUGCAAGCUUCAAGAGAGAGAUGAUAUCGGACGCAUUGAACUGGUACAAAAGUUGGCAAGAGAAAAUUGUCAGUUUCUGCAGACUGACAAAAAAGAACUGGAGAAGUCUGAACACCAGGAGGAUGAAGUGACGACGGUGCAGGUUAAAGAGCAAGACCAGAAUGUCCUGGUGCUGAAGAAAGUGCUGGGCUGUGGCCCAGCCCCCACCGCUGGGAGUGCCGAGGCCGAUGGGAGAUACGUGGUGGUGUCUGGGACCCCGGAGAAGAUCUUGGAGCACCUUUUGAAUGACUUGCACCUGGAGGAGGUCCAGGACAAAGAAACAGAGACCCUUCUUGAUGAUUUCCUCCUCACGUACACAGUCUUCAUGACAACUGAUGACUUGUGCCAGGCGCUGUUAAGACAUUAUUCUGCUAAGAAAUAUCAAGGUAAGGAAGAAAAUUCAGAGGCACCAUGUCGGAAACGUAAAGUCUUACAUCUUGUUUCCCAGUGGAUUGCUCUGUACAAAGACUGGCUCCAUGAAGAUGAACAUUCAAAAAUGUUUUUAAAGACCAUCUACAGAAAUGUACUGGAUGAUGUCUAUGAAUAUCCCAUACUGGAAAAAGAAUUGAAAGAAUUUCAGAAGAUACUGGGAAUGCAUCGCCGGCACACAGUGGAUGAGUAUUCACCACAGAGGAAGAAUAAAGCCCUUUUCCACCAAUUCAGUCUUAAGGAGAACUGGCUCCAACAUAGAGGAACUGUGGCUGAAACAGAGGAAAUUUUUUGUCAUGUGUAUAUAACGGAGCACUCCUAUGUCAGUGUGAAAGCAAAAGUUUCCAGUACAGCCCGAGAGAUCCUGAAAGUCGUGGCAGAAAAGAUUCAGCAUGCAGAAGAGGAUCUGGCUCUGGUGGCCAUCCUGCUCUCUGGGGAAAAGCAUGUGCUUCAGCCAAAUGACUUGGCUGUCACCAAAUCUUUGGAGGCGUCUAGUCGGAUCUGUGUCUACCGGAAGGACCUGGCUGAUACAUUGAACCCAUUUGCAGAAAAUGAGGAAUCACAGCAAAGGUCGAUGAGGAUUUUGGGAAUGAACACUUGGGAUCUUGCUCUGGAAUUAAUGAAUUUUGAUUGGAGUCUGUUCAAUUCAAUUCAUGAGCAAGAGCUGAUCUACUUCACCUUCAGCAGACAAGGAAAUGGGGAGCACACUGUGAACCUCAGCCUUUUGCUCCAGAGAUGCAAUGAAGUCCAGCUCUGGGUGGCCACGGAGAUUCUGCUUUGCAGCCAGCUGGGCAAGCGAGUGCAGCUGGUGAAAAAAUUCAUCAAAAUUGCAGCGCACUGCAAAGCCCAGCGAAAUCUGAACUCUUUCUUUGCUAUUGUGAUGGGUCUCAACACUGCCUCUGUCAGCCGGCUGUCACAGACCUGGGAGAAAAUCCCUGGGAAGUUUAAGAAACUUUUCUCUGAACUUGAAAGUUUGACAGAUCCUUCCCUAAAUCACAAAGCCUACAGAGAUGCAUUCAAAAAGAUGAAGCCACCAAAAAUCCCAUUCAUGCCCUUACUACUUAAAGAUGUAACAUUUAUUCAUGAAGGAAAUAAAACAUUUCUGGAUAAUCUUGUCAAUUUUGAAAAACUGCACAUGAUCGCAGACACCGUCAGAACCCUGAGACACUGCAGGGCUAACCAGUUCGGAGGCGAUGUGUCUCCAAAGGAGCACCAAGAGCUGAAGUCCUACGUCACCCACCUCUACGUCAUUGACAGCCAGCAGGCCCUGUUCGAGCUCUCCCACAGGCUGGAGCCCCGAGCCUGAACCUCCCAGCCCCCUUGGACCACAGUUUCUGGAGGGAAGGGAAGGGAAGGUCACCGCCCAGCACAUGGCUUCCUGUGAGGAAAGGAGUGGCUGAGUUUUAUCAGUAAACUCUAAGAUGUGCCCAGCAGAGGAGACCAAGCAGGGUCAGGAAGUGAUGUCAGCCACCAGACCGGAAAGGCCCUUCCCCUGGGCUGUCAGAACUGAAGGAGCAGAGCCAGAAGCAUCCUUAGAAUGGAGAACUGUGUUCUGCCAUAGCCUUGUAGAUCCAGUCGGUGUUUCAACUUGAGGUAUGCCAGCAGGGAGAGAAGAAAAGGCAUCUUGACAGAGUGAAUAAGUAUUUCGGUCAAAGCAAGGAGUUCUACUUUGCCUGGUGUCAGACUCCUGUCCACAGGCUGCCAGGGUUUGAGAACGUCUAACAACCAUGAUGGCAUCUCCAGUUGUUCAGGGAGAGGGAGAGGCCUCUGUGGGCAUGAACUCUGCAUCACCAAUUGCCACUUGCCUCAAGGGUCAGUCAGGCCCUGCCUGCCAUAUGGGUGGGCAGUGUCAAGGUACGCACUCUAAAAUCACACAGCAAUGGAUGCGUGCAGGAGAAAUUAAUUUCUGUUCAGCUGGUUUACAACAAUAGGCAGAGUAAACUUAAGUUGCUUUCCCAAUAAGGAAAUAUCCAAGUUUUUAAGAAACUCACUCAUUAUUUAAUUUCUGGGGAUUUUCUUUAUAUUUGUAAGUGGGUAGGGAUUUUUUUCUUUUUUGUUCCCUGCCCCCCCCCCCCAAGGCACAGUAUGAUUUUCAGAAGAGCACAGUGCCUGAUAUACUGGGCACUCAUUAACUGUGUGUUAGGGGACAGAGACAAAAAGGACAACAUCCUUUUCCUGAGGAAGCCCUAGCGUCUCCAUACCACAAGCAGCUCCCCUCAUAGCCUGGCAAGAAUACAGCUAUCAAGGGCAUUUAAGCUGUGGGGAGCACUUAGAUCCCCCUAGAAAAGGCAGGAAUUAUCCAUCUUUUAGUAAAUGUUCUCGGAAGUCUGAUUUGUGUAGGAGCCUUAGAAGUCCUAUAGUCCACCUACUCACCACAGCAGAGGCUUGCUGUAGUUCCCAGAGUCUCAUAGUCUGAAUCUUUUUUACUAUCCCAUUUUUAUCUUUGAGCCUCUUAUAGCAAAUAAGACUUCCUGUUGUUCUCAAGGACUGGUUAGAGGAUUUCCCUCAACCCUCAAAGAAACAAAAAGGCUGUGGGCUGAAAUGAGCCAGUUCUCUCUGCUAGCUUGAUAUGAGGCCGCUUCACAGAACGCUCAGGGCCCUGCUUCGUGUAUUCAGUCCAUUCAUGUUGCAAAACGUGUGAAGUUUGUGUACUUCUUGCCAUUUCUGCUUGUUCAUCUCAUGGGCUCCUGCACAGACCUCCCUCUUUGUCUCUCCAACACCUCAUUUGUCCUCAUUACUGAGCUCAAUUUCCCAGCCUUUCUGACACCUUCAUAGCAGUGCUGUUUCCUGGGCUCAGGAACCACUGUGAGCUUGAGAUUCUAUGGGAAAGAAACAAGCAGACCUAUUGUGGUAGGACUUUCAAAGAGAUUCAGUCUGUCUCGGCAUAUAAAACUUGAAUCCUGAAAAUUUACAGGGUUUUAUAGAAAUAUUCCAUCCAUGCCUAAUCUACUUGUAAAGAAUACUUCGUGCUCCUCCCACCAGAAUAUGCUAGAGCACAGAAAUCAGACUUUCCUGAUGACUUACCAGACAGUCAAAUCCCUCCCCUUAGCAAUGACAGCAUCUGUUUGUGUCUGUUCUCCAAGCUAGCAUCUAUGGUUUAGCCAGCGUAACUAUGUAAGGACAUUUCAACAUUGUCUCUGUGUGUACGGGGCUUUUUACUUUAACUUUUACAUUAGAUCUAAAUUACACCAAAUAGAACAUUACCUACAGAGGACUAGUUUUGAGUGGAGAUCUACUUCAGCCCAAUACCUGUUGCUUAGAUUCCAAUUCAGAUAUGUAUACUUGAUCAAAUGUGGCCACACAUACUUUGCAUCAAAGCACAUUUUGCAUUCAAAGCUUCCCACUGGAAGCAGCCUGGGAGAAGAGGUAUUUAUAUCCUCUUUCUUCCAAAGCAAAAGGAAAAUGGGCUUUUGUCUGGUUUAGAUUUGCUUUUGUAAUCUUUGUCUUCUGAAUGUCCAAGUCUCUACAUCUUUCUGAAAUUCAGCAAUUGUUUUUCUAGAGGUUUAGUUUUUUUCCAAGCAGCAAACUCAGAAAUUUUAGAAUUUAAGGUGUCUUGCCUGUGACAGAAUUGUGGGAACCCGCUUUUGUAGCACAGGAAGCUGUUUCUGAGGAGUCUGAGCUGACAGUGGAUGGGUGGGGUAGGACUAGAACAUUCUUCAG